AUGAAAGUAUCAAACUUUCAUAAGAAUGGCGCCUUUCUUGUUUUGUGGGUUUCUGAGUGGCAAAAAGAAUUUCUGGAGAAUUCGGAAGAGUGGUGCAUUGACUCAACACACAAAACAAGCAAGUCAUUCAAUACUGUAGCUGGUAAAAAACCUGAAGAUUGCUUUCUGUUUACAAUUGGUGUGCGAAACGCUAUCACCAAUAAGGGAUUGCCUGCAAAAAGAAUAAUGAUUGACUGCAGGCCCAUCGAAAUUGGUGCAAUGGAAGAAGUCUUUGGCAAUAGUAUUAAUAUCCUGUCAUGUUAUUGGCAUAUUAAUAGAGCAUGGGAAGUUAAUGUAAAGAAGCAUAUUAAAGUGCAAAACUCAACACAUGCUUCAAACAUAGCUUGUAACAUUAUUCAUGCUGUAUUGAGUAAUAUGAUACAUGCAACAACUUCUGUUGCCUAUGAUACACUUUAUAAUAAAUUUCUUAUGAAAUUUGGGGAAUAUGAGGACUUUAUUUUGUAUUUUAACUGA